CUCACAUAGCACAACACAGACCUACUCGAAAACCCCGAAAAAAAUAACUAAAAUGUUCAAGUUGGUGGUGUUGUCUGCUCUCCUCGCUGUAGCUGCUGCUGCUCCAGGCUACAUUGCCUCGCAUCCAGUGGUGUACUCUGCUCCCGUCGCUUCCAUUGCUAUCCACGAGCCCGUGCUGACCAAAGUAGGCGCUGUGGUGAAGAGCAUUCCCACUUCGGUCUCCCAUCAAAGUCAGUCGGUUGUGCACAGCUCGGCACAUUAUGUUGAACCAAUUGUUGCACCAGUCCUUAAGACCAGCUACGUAUCUGCUCCAGUUGUACAUACCUAUGCUGCUGCUCCAGUUGUUCUCAAAGCUUGGUAAAGGGCGAGUUGUUGGUCUGCUCCCACUAUGGAAUGCAUGUAACCUGGAAUCAGUUGUUGGACCACUGAAGUCUCUCUUUACUCCUAACAUGUACCUAAUAUCUUAUGUUUUAUGUUAAAAAAAAAGAAAUAAAAAAUAAAAAAGAAUAAUAAAAUGUGAUAUAUGUGCAUUUGAAU